GUUUCAGCAGACAAGGAAUGCUUCCAUGUCGUCACUAAACUGUAAUAUUGUUUGUGUUCAAAAAUGUUUAUUAGUGUUUUCAUGUGAUUUCCCUUUGUUAUUUGGUCAUUUGGUCUGCUUCCAUCCCCACGAAAAAGGAAGACCCUCAUAGAUUGGAGUGCGUUAGUUCACAAGUUGAAAUGCUUGAGACUGCUAAUGAUGGAGUACCUGCUGUGGUUGAGCUGGAUUAUCUGCUUAUUUGUCUGCUCCGGAGAACAUUCUGUCUAUAUAAUAAGUGCUCUAACAACUUGGUGGUUGGUUUGUAAAAAAUGUGCAAAAGACUUAUUUGUACUUGUACACCCGGCUGACUUCUUACUUUUGUGUGAGAUACGUGUCACGAAUCUUGGGAGGGAGUCGUUUCUUCUAGCUUCAGUUUCUAAGCUCAAGAGUCUACAUGCGGAUUUGCUCACUGUUUGGGUCGUGCAUCCCAGAAUUGUUCCCAUAUAAGCCAUCAACGUGCCUGUCUUUCGAUCUUUUCAACGCGUUGACUCCAGCAAGUAAGGCGCUUAUCCGUAGCUGACUGUUGAAAUGAUCGAAAGACCACGUUGAAGUUCCGAUGGGAACAGUUUUGGAGAAUUCACCAUAUGUAAUGCAAUAUGUUCUUUAUAUUGUGUUUACACAUGUUGUAUGUUGUACAUAUGUUGAACAUAAUUCGUGUCUUCUCUGUUGUCCCUCUUGUAAAUAUCGAAUGAAAUAUUAUAAAA